AGGGGGCUCAGAGCAACCUCGCAAGGCUUUUCAUGGAGCUCUUGGUGUUAAAUGAGUAACUUUUCCCCUCCUCCUCUCCUCAUUUUCCUGUGUGCCUGCAAAAAUACUCUGGUUUGCAUUUAAAGGAGAAAACUGUAUGUGCUGGGACUAAGCCAACAUGUUUAUUCAAGGGAAAUACCAUAUUUCCAACCCUUUCUCUCACAGAGGAAGGCUUGACAGAGGAUGGCAGACUGGGCUGGGUAUUAUAUUUUUAGGUGACAUCGAAGCACAGUUGUGAUGUGAAGAAGCUAAAAAUCAUGGCUGGCAUUUUGCAUUGAGCUCUGCGAGACCUCUCCUCCCCACUCCUCAGCCCCCAAAGGGGUUAACUUCUCUUUCCAAAACAGGUGGAUUUUGACCUAAAUCAAGGAGAAAAAAGGGAAAAAAAAAAAAAAACAAAACCAAACCCCAAAACAACAAAACCACCACCACAAACCCACAGCCUGCUACUUUCCACACUCUUGCCAUUUCCCUUCUCUAAAGCAGAUUUUUAUUACGAGGGGCUGGAGGGGGCCGCGGGCGGUCAGGAGGCAAACGCCUGCUCCUCUCCUCCUGUCAAAAAAUGGCAGGUCAGUGUGUGUCUGUAAACAAUGCAGUUAUGAAAUGGCAGCGCCAGGCCGAGCUGAGCAUGCUCGGGAGCUGCCUGUAGGGGGAGGUGAGCCGAGAAAGAUGAUCUAAUUCAGUGCAAUUCUUGGGAUUGAAGGAAAAGACCAGGCUCCUCUUAAUGACAGAGCAGAAAAAAAAGGCCCCACGCCGGGGACGAAGCCCGUAGGCCAUGGAGGAGAGGGUGUGAGGAUCUCCCACCUCUAGGACUUCGGGUGCUGGGCAGCGCUGUGUCGCUUUCUCACCCUCCAGGAGAGUAAAGCCUUGCGAGCAGUGCUGAGUAAGGGAGAGACAAGGAAAGACGCCUGCAUGAAGACUGAGCUGCUGAAAGAUAUCACCAACAACAAAGAGGAAGGGUUUAAUGCCAUGGCUGCGGAUGAAAGUGCUACAGAAAAGCAAGCGGGGGAACCAAAAAUGGCAGUAGAUGGUGAAACCAACGGUUCCUGUGAGCACAGCGAAGCUGGUAGCCACCCAAACCCAGCUAAAAACACUCAGGACAAUACGAAAGUGAGCCAGCAGGACUCUAGUACUAAAUUAAAUAGGAUAGCAGAAAAUGGCAUUUCUGAACGAGAUGGUGAGACUGGGAAGCAAAACCAUAUGAAAGCUAAUGACUUCACACAGACUUCUGUAACAGGGAGCAAUGGAUAUAUUCUAACCAAGCAGAUGGCACAGGAGCAACCUCUAAGGACUACCAGCACCUUUGCUUCUCUCACCGGCCAUGCUGCAAAAACCCUUCCAGGAGGAGCAAGCAAAGGGAGAACUGUGGGCUCCUUUUCUCAGAUGCAAGCCACGAUGCCAACCAAGCUCGGGGAGGGCAGUAAGGACAUGGAUGCUAAAAAAGCCACCGCUGCUAACACCGAAGUCAAGGUCCACAGAGCACGGAAGACAAUGCCUAAACCCACCCCUAGCCUGGAGUUGCUUCCUGAAUUGGGAUCGAAGCUGAAUCUGAAACAGCAUGCAAGUAAAGACCCCAAAGAUGGGAGAGACAUCAGAGAUCAAAAAGAAUCCAAGGAGGAAGGCAACAAAAACAUCCUGGAGUUUGGGAAGCCGUUGCCGUUGCCCUCUCUCCCGGGCCUUCACCAGUCACUACCUCAGAACCAGAGCUAUGUGCCCACCACGAAGUCACAGACAGCUGCUGCAGUAUCUCGGAAGAAAAAACGGAGAAUGGGAACCUAUAGCCUGGUUCCCAAGAAAAAGACCAAAGUGUUAAAACAGAGAACAAUGAUUGAGAUGUUUAAGAGCAUAACUCAUUCCUCUGCAGGUGCCAAGAGUGAAAAGGACCUGGGUGAUGCCAGCCCUCACAUGAACGGGGAAAGCAUAGAUGUAGACUCUGAAGAGGAAGACUCUGAUGAAUUGGAAGAGGAGGAUGAUCAUGGAGCAGAACAGGCAGCUGUGUUUCCUGGAGAUGAUAAUAGGACCUCUAAAGACAGCGCAUCUGAUGCAGACAAUGCCAGAAAGAUUGAUGAUGGUGAGUCUGAGGAGGAACAAGAGUCUGGAGAGUCUGGCGAGGAAGAGGAAGAUGGGGAUGAGUCUGACUUGAGCUCAGAGUCCAGUGUCAAGAAGAAGCUGCUGAAGAGGAAAGGAAAGACGGACAGUCCAUGGCUGAAACCCACCCGCAAGAGGAGACGGAGGAAUAAAAAGAAACAAGCCAGUGUGCUAGGUGCUGAAGCCUAUAAACCAUCUUUGGGAGGCAGAGAGGGCCCCGGCCAGGAGAACAGCAUGGAGUACAUGGAGGUGUCCCUGGAUUCCCUGGAUCUCCGGGUGAAGGGAAUCCUCUCCUCGCCGGCGGGAGGUCUUUCCAAUGGUCCUGAAGCAAUGGAAGUAGAUGGUCUCCAGGAAGUCCCCCUCUGUAGCUGUCGAAUGGAAACCCCCAAAAGCAGAGAGAUCACCACGCUAGCCAACAACCAGUGCAUGGCCACGGAGAGCGUGGAUAACGAGCUGGGCCGAUGCACAAACAGUGUGGUUAAGUAUGAACUGAUGCGCCCGUCUAACAAAGUCCAGCUUUUGGUGCUGUGUGAGGACCAUAGAGGGAGGAUGGUGAAACACCAGUGUUGCCCUGGCUGUGGAUACUUUUGCACUGCAGGCACCUUCAUGGAGUGUCAGCCGGAGAGCAGCAUCUCCCACCGUUUCCACAAGAACUGUGCCUCCCAAGUCAAUGACAUGAGCUACUGCCCACACUGCGGGGAAGAGGCCUCCAAGGCAAAGGAGGUGACAAUAGCAAAAGCAGACACAACCUCGACGGUGUCACUGACCUAUGAGCAGCAGAAACCAGCGGCUGUGGAGGGAAGGGCCGACACCACGACGGGGAGUGGCGCUGGGACGCGGUUGUCAGAGGAAGACAAGCCAGAAAGUUCAGCUGCUGAGGGGUUUGACAUGGCUGGCUCUUCAGUUUUCCCAAAGCCUAGUACUAGCCUGACCCAGGGACCAGUUAAAGAAACUCUGGAAAGUGCCCUGAUUGCCCUGGACUCCGAAAAACCCAAGAAGUUACGGUUCCAUCCAAAGCAGUUGUACUUCUCCGCAAGGCAAGGAGAGCUGCAAAAAGUCCUGCUUAUGUUGGUGGAUGGAAUUGACCCUAAUUUUAAAAUGGAGCAUCAGAGUAAGAGAACCCCUCUCCAUGCUGCUGCUGAGUCUGGCCAUGUGGACAUCUGCCAUAUGCUGAUUCAGGCUGGUGCUAAUAUAGACACCUGCUCUGAAGACCAGAGGACCCCACUGAUGGAAGCAGCAGAAAACAACCAUCUGGAAACUGUGAAAUACCUUAUCAAGGCUGGAGCACUAGUAGAUCCUAAGGAUGCGGAGGGCUCCACAUGUCUGCACUUGGCUGCCAAGAAGGGGCACUACGACGUUGUUCAGUACCUCCUCUCCAACGGGAAGAUGGAUGUCAACUGCCAGGAUGAUGGAGGCUGGACGCCGAUGAUCUGGGCCACCGAGUACAAGCAUAUUGAGCUGGUGAAGCUGCUGCUUGCGAAGGGGUCAGACAUCAACAUCCGCGACAAUGAGGAAAAUAUUUGUUUGCACUGGGCUGCUUUUUCUGGCUGUGUUGACAUAGCAGAGAUACUGCUGGCUGCUAAGUGUGAUUUACAUGCAGUGAAUAUUCACGGAGACUCGCCCCUGCAUAUUGCAGCCCGAGAGAACCGCUACGAGUGUGUUGUUCUCUUUCUUUCCCGUGGUUCGGAUGUCACUUUAAAGAACAAGGAGGGUGAGACUCCACUCCAGUGCUCCAGCCUUAACUCUCAGGUCUGGGUGGCCCUACAGAUGAACAAGACUCUCAAAGAAUCAUCUACUGACAAGCCUGCCCAGAUAGAGAAGGUCGUGAGCAGAGACAUUGCCCGGGGUUAUGAGCGGAUCCCGAUUCCCUGCGUCAAUUCAGUGGACAGCGAGCCUUGUCCUAGCAACUACAAAUAUGUUUCACAGAACUGCGUCACCUCCCCGAUGGACAUUGAUAGAAACAUCACUCAUUUACAGUAUUGCGUAUGUAUAGACGACUGCUCCUCCAGUAACUGCAUGUGUGGCCAACUCAGUAUGCGCUGCUGGUAUGACAAGGACGGCCGACUCCUGCCUGAAUUCAACAUGGCUGAGCCACCGCUGAUCUUCGAGUGUAAUCACGCGUGCUCGUGCUGGCGAACCUGUAGGAACCGGGUGGUGCAGAAUGGGCUCAGGACUCGAUUGCAGCUUUAUCGGACACAAAAGAUGGGCUGGGGUGUGCGAACAAUGCAAGACAUUCCACUGGGAACCUUUGUGUGCGAGUACGUUGGUGAGCUGAUAUCCGAUUCCGAGGCAGACGUCCGGGAAGAAGACUCCUACCUCUUCGACCUUGACAACAAGGACGGAGAGGUGUACUGCAUAGAUGCCCGUUUCUACGGCAACAUCAGCCGCUUUAUAAACCACCUCUGCGAGCCAAACCUCAUCCCGGUGCGAGUCUUCAUGUCACAUCAGGACCUCCGCUUUCCCCGGAUUGCCUUCUUCAGCACGAGGCAUAUAGAAGCCGGGGAAGAGAUCGGGUUCGACUACGGAGACAGGUUCUGGGACAUCAAAGGCAAAUACUUCAGCUGUCAGUGCGGUUCACCCAAGUGCAAACACUCGAGCUCAGCGCUGGCCCAGCGGCAGGCGAGCACCUCGUCCCAGGACACGCAGGAAAACGGGCUCCCCGACACCAGCUCUGCCAUGGCAGCCGGCCCCUUUUGAGGCUCCGCUCCCCAGAGACUGACUUGUUUUAACCCUAUAGAUUCACAUACUGUCUGAAUUUCCAUUUAAAGAGAAAAAACCUGAAAAACGAGAAAAAAAAAAAAACACACACACAAAAAAAAAAAAAAAAAAAACAAACAAAAAAAAAACCGGCUCAAGGAAAGCCAAGGGUUCGUGACACUUAGGGCUGUGCCACCGACUGUUACUUGAGGAAUAAGUAAAAGCAAAUCCCACCUCCGUGAUGUUGUUCUCCCCUCCCUGGUCCUGGAAAGCUGCUGGUUUUCACAGAUGCGUGUGGAGGGGUGGCUGUUGCGUUUUUUUUUCCAUGCGAGCUGUCCUGGCCUCCGUCUCUUAAUGUGCUAAGUGUUGUCAGAGCCAAGGGAGAGCCGCCCGUCCUCCGACUGUUGUUAAUUGAAUGGAUCGCUCAUGCCAAGUCAUCUCCAGUUCACUUGUAAUAAACUUUGAAUACUUGAUGGGACUUUCUUUCUAAACGCCGGGGGGAGCGGGGAGGGAGCGGGAGGUGCUGGCGUUUGAGUUUGCUUGGCACAGCCCUGGGGCGAGGUUCUGCUGGUUGGUUUUUGUUGGUUUGUUUGGUUUUUUUGGUUGUUUUGUUGUUGUUUUUUUUUUUUUUUUUUUUUUUAAGAAAAAAACAACCCUGAAUUUCUCCCACGUCUCACAGGAUGUUGCGGUGGGGCCUUUCCCUAGGAGCGAGAGGGCAUUUCCAACAAGUACCCUCCUUGUUACCAAACCCACUGGCUUUUUUCUCUUCCGAUGAGAAGAAACCCACAGUCCUUACAAUCCCUCUGGUCCCUGGCUCCCUCCCGAGCUGACCGGAGCCGCUUCCCCCGAGGCCCCGCUCCCUCCCGGGCUCUCUCCGUUACAAACCAGCUCUCGUCUGCGCCGCUUGGCCGUGUUACUGUCUCAGUGUUCGGUUCGUCCGUGGAAGGAUUUCCCUCACCCCGUCGCAUUAGUGGUUUUAGAGAGGGAAGGUUGAAGGGGAUUGUACAAGACACUAACUUCUUAAGAAAAUCAGUUUUUUUCUUUUUUUAAAAUAAAGCAAACGAUAUAUAUAUUAGAGAGAACCUCAACUCGCGUCUGCCGGCUGGGGCGAGCAGCAGACAGGACGCGUCACGGCGAGGAGAUCCCAGAUGCCACCAGCUCGUCUGUUCCCAUCACUUUUCUCAACGCUGGGCACCUUCGAUUAAUUUUUAAGCUACACACUAUGAGGUUUCAAUAAACUGAUUUAUUUUUUACCAUUACCGAAACAUUGGGGACUAGCAUUAAAAAGAAAAAAAAAAAAAAAA